UUGGAGCAACAGAAGGAACAAGAACGGCAGCAGUUAGAAAUACAAAGAAUUAUUCUUGGGCAUGUUGCUUCGGUAACAGAAACAGAGGAGAGAGUAUCUCCUGAAAUCAACGAAUUUGAUCCUAAAAAAGAAACAAAUGAUGAAGAUACUGAAGUUAAAACAGAAUCAUCCGAUAGCGUUGAUUUCGGUCUGGGAACAUCAGAUGAGCAAGUGAGAGCAUCUAUGAUUCAUUUGCUCAACCCUGUUCUUGGUAGUGCUUUUGGGUCAGCUCAAAUUGAAGAAACGAACAGUCGUAGAAGGUCUGACUAUAGCCCAGCUACCAAAAAACACAGAUGGAUGACUAACGGCGAGCUAGAGGAGAGCCGAUUCGGACGUGGUAAAAACUACGGAAGAGUUCACUGCAAAGCAACUUAUAAAUGCGCUUUGUGCGGAAAGCCCACUACCCUUAAUUCCACAGGAUCACGUUGGAACCUUUUGCGUCAUGUCAUCAUGAUACAUUCAGAGAGCAAGCCUUAUCAAUGUUUUGAUUGCGACUUCAAUGGCAUUAAGAGCAAUGUGAUUUCUCAUGCUCGCCAGAGUGGGCAUAGAUGUGACGAUGCAUUCGAUAUUACGACGGACGAAAUGAGAGCCGAAUGGAAUGCUAUGCUUCAUGCUUGUUUCCCAGAUUACGUGAAAGCUAAAACCCGUGGCUGGCAAAGUGAAGAGAAUACUCCUAAGGAGGCUUCUACAACUGAGAACGAAGUAGAAGCUUAG